CCGGCUGCGCAGAGAAGAUGCGUCCUCUGCUUCUAAUUUUUUUGUGUCACCAGUGAAUUUUUUUUCCUCUGAAAGAGCUUGCGCACUUUGGACUUUGGUUAGGUUGCCAGGUUGAAAAAUGAUGGGUACUGAAAGACUGCUGGUGUGAUGCUACGAGAGGUUGUAACUACAAGGAAAUUUUUGUAAAUAAUCACGUAAUCUUAGGAAAUUGUGAGAAACGACCCUUCGUUUGCGUUCUGUCAACAGAGUUCAUUUGACAUUUGGCACAAUGACAGCUGAAGAAACUAUAAAUGUGAAGGAGGCUGAAAUCAUCAAGCUUAUUUUGGAUUUUCUGAAUUUGAAGAAGCUUCACAUCAGUAUGCUGGCACUUGAGAAGGAAAGUGGAGUUAUUAAUGGCUUGUAUUCUGAUGACAUGCUUUUUCUGAGGCAGCUAAUUUUGGAUGGACAGUGGGAUGAGGUGCUGCAGUUCAUUCAGCCUCUAGAGUGCAUGGAUAAAUUUGACAAGAGGAGGUUUCGCUACAUUAUCUUGAAACAGAAAUUUUUGGAAGCUUUGUGUUUAAAUAAUGCAAUGUCUUCAGAAAAUGAGCCCCAACAUUUAGAGUACACAAUGCAGGAAGCCGUGAAGUGUCUGCAUGCACUAGAAGAGUAUUGUUCUUCUAAGGAAGACUAUAGUAAGCUGUGUUUGCUGCUCACAUUACCGCGCUUGACUGAUCAUGCAGAGUUCAGGGACUGGAACCCAAGUACUGCACGUGUUCAGUGUUUUGAAGACUCCUGCAUUAUGGUGGCAGAAUUCAUCCCUGCAGACAGAAAACUGAGUGAAGCAGGGUUCAAGGCAAGCAAUAAUCGGAUAUUUCAGUUAAUAAUUAAGGGCAUUCUGUAUGAGUGCUGUGUGGAGUUUUGUCAGAGCAAAGCAACUGGGGAGGAAAUUACAGAAAGUGAGGUUCUGCUUGGCAUUGAUUUACUUUGUGGCAACGGUUGUGAUGAUCUAGAUCUGAGUUUGUUGUCUUGGCUUCAGAAUCUUCCUGCUAGUGACUUCUCUUGUGCUUUUGAACAAAAGGUGUUAAAUAUUCAUGUUGAUAAGCUUGUGAAACCUACAAAAGCUGCAUAUGCUGACUUAUUGACACCACUGAUUAAUAAACUUUCCCCCUAUCCAUCAUCCCCUUUGAGACGACCUCAGUCAGCUGAUGCUUACAUGUCUCGCUCCUUGAAUCCAGCUUUGGAUGGGCUUUCAUACGGAUUAACUAAUCAUGAUAAACGAAUCUCUGAAUUAGCAACUAAGACCUCACCUAUGUCUCACUCCUUUGCCAACUUCCACUAUCCAGGAGUACAAAGCCUCAGUCGAAGUUUAAUGCUAGAAAACCCAGAGUGUCACAGCAUUUUUGAAGAGUCUCCUGAACGAGGAAGCACCCCUGUUGAAAGAUUGCAUCCUUCAUCGGAUCGUAAGUCUUUGAGCCCUAGUCCUGUCCAUGAAAGGGAAACUGUACUGAUGGCAUCUGAUGAAGGACCUCCAAAACAAGACAGGAAUGAGCUUCGAGAGUCAAAUGAACAUUUUCAAGAGUAUUAUCGACAAAGAAUGCGUUAUCAACAGCAUUUGGAGCAGAAGGAACAGCAGAGGCAGCUGUAUCAGCAGAUGCUGCUGGAGGGAGGAGUGAAUCAGGAGGAUGGUAUAGAACAGCCCCAGCAGCAACAACAGAACCUUACAGAACAGUUCCUUAACCGGUCUAUUCAGAAAUUAGAAGAACUGAAUGUAGGGAUGGACAAUCUAAAUAAUGAUGUCCAAGCUCUUAACCAGCAACAUAAUGGUGACUGCUCCAGUGUUACUAACAACUCCCCAGCGAAAAAGGCAGAGAAUACUGGUCAGCAGAGGACAUUAGUAGAAGAUAAACCACGAAUUAAUACAAGUACACCUCAGAAACGAGAAACAUUAAAUCAGAUCCCUUUUCCAGAAGAAUCUCCAGUUUUUGGGAAUCAGAGUGUAAGAGACCAGAGUGUUACACCACAGCCGGUCUCGGAAUUGUCUGCCCAAAUUCAAGACUGUUUGAAAACCUCAGAAGAGGACCAUUCAAAAAAACAGUUCAGUCCUGUCAACAUCCUGGAAGACACGCAGGCAGUAAGAGCAGUGGCAUUUCAUCCCAGUGGUGCAUUUUAUGCUGUGGGAUCUAACUCUAAAACACUGAGAGUCUGUGCUUAUCCAGAAAUCACUGAUCCUAGUGUUUCCAGUUCUCCAAAACCACCUGCAGUCCGUUUUAAAAGGAACAAACAUCACAAGGGCUCUAUCUACUGUGUGGCUUGGAGCCCCUGCGGACAGCUACUAGCUACUGGUUCUAAUGACAAAUAUGUCAAGGUGGUGCCAUUUAGUGCCGAAACAUGCAAUGCCACAGGUCCAGAUUUGGAGUUUAGCAUGCAUGAUGGAACAAUUCGAGAUCUUGCUUUUAUGGAAGGUCCACAGAGUGGAGGAGCUAUUUUAAUCAGUGCUGGAGCUGGUGAUUGUAACAUUUACACUACAGACUGUCAGCGGGGACAAGGUCUGCAUGCUUUGAGUGGUCACACAGGUCAUAUAUUAGCACUUUAUACAUGGAGUGGUUGGAUGAUUGCCUCGGGUUCACAAGACAAAACUGUGAGAUUCUGGGAUCUUCGGGUACCAAGUUGUGUUCGAGUUGUUGGAACUGCUUUUCAUGGUUCAGGUAGUGCAGUGGCAUCUGUUGCUGUUGAUCCCAGUGGUCGCCUAUUAGCCACAGGUCAGGAAGACACUAGCUGUAUGCUGUAUGACAUUCGUGGAGGACGGAUGGUACAGACCUACCAUCCUCACGCCAGUGAUGUUCGCUCAGUACGCUUUUCUCCUGGGGCACAUUACUUGUUGACUGGCUCAUAUGAUACCAAAAUUAAAGUUACAGAUUUACAAGGGGAUCUCACCAAGCAACUUCCAGUGAUGGUUGUUGGGGAGCACAAAGACAAGGUAAUACAAUGUAGAUGGCACACUCAGGACCUUUCCUUCUUAUCCUCCUCUGCAGACAGAACCGUUAUCCUUUGGACUCACAAUGGCUAAAGAGUAGCAGAGUACUGUUUUGUCUAUGCAGAUGAUGCACAGCUAGGUCUGCUUCAUCACAGAAUUAACUGAGGACCACUUUGCUAAAGGACUGGUUUAUGCAGCAGAAGCAUGUGUCACAGUUUUCUUUGCUUGUGCUGAUGGAAGUCUUAGUGUUUGUAUUAUUUUGCAGUGCUUUCAGUCUUCCAUGUGAGUCAACGGCUGUGACUAAUUGUAUUUUACAUUGCCAAAUUGUAUAAACUGUUAUUAUUUUUGUAAAUGUGCACACAGAGUAAGAUUAAGGACAUGUUUACAAUUUAGUAUUUGCAUUCCUCUGUCAUAGUUUUAGUAACAGUUUUAUGAAGUAAAGAUACACAUACAAUGAUAUUUAACUUUCAGUUAGCUAAUGUAAAAAUGACAAGCUACAAAACAAGAACUUGUUAAUUUGAAACAAAGUUUUCCUUGCACCUAAUUUGUCUUCACUAAUUUAUUGCUGACAUUUUUAAGACCCUACUUUAAAUAUUACUUUUGUAACAAUGAGCACAGAUAGGUCUUCACUGACAGAUACUGAGCUGCUAUGGAACCCUUCCUUUUUAGGAUUUUCCAUUUGAAGGUUAUGCACUCUCAUACACACCUCUCUCCUUUUUUAUAUGUGCAUGCCAUGUCUUCACAAACCUGUCUGCUGUCUCUUGACAGCCUAACAGUUAUGACGAUUCUUAACUUUCUGUUUAACAUUUUAAUACUGUUUAGCUGUUAUGCAGUUGUAAGAUCUAAACAUUGCCAAUGUUUUGGCAUUUUUCAAAAUAAAAAUGAUUUCAAGUC